AUGAAGUGGGUCACCAAUGCGCUCUCCCUGGGCCUCGUCGCUACGUCGGUCUUGGCCGCUCCUCUCGACAACCGACAAGAUGACGGUGGUCUCGACCUAUACCAGCUCCAGGUUACCUCCAAGAACAAGCAGAUCGACGGGCGAUACCUGGCCCUGAACGGCUCGGAUUUGGGCCUCUACGACGGAGAUGACACCGGACCCAUCAAAGUGUACCAGACCGACAGCAAGAAGGAGGGCUGCAAGGAGCUGCAUACCUACCCCAUCGGCAUCGUCGACCACUCGCUCGGUCUCGUCGGACCGCCUGCCCUCCUGACUUUUGUCGACAUGGUCAACCCCGACGGCGCCGAUCCCGGCAACGGUGCUGUCGCCAUGUGGGACACGUUCCGUGUCGAGGAUGGCAAGGUCACCAACGACGCUGAGGGCCAGUGGCUUGCCUUCCCGGAUGUGAAGAAGAGCUGGAAAGUGAAGUGGUCAGACGGCUCUUCUCCUACCAUUGACGAUUACAUGCCAGUCGAGGUAGCGUACGUGAGUGCUGGCCAGGGCCGCUACGUCGGCAAGUAG